UCGUCCCAUGGUCUUUCUGUCACCAUCCCGAAUUUUGUACGCUUCACUAAUUUAUUGAUCCCUUUUAGUGAGAGAUAAUGCCUUUAGGAUGUUUACGUCUGUAUGCCACUAAUAUAAAGCUUUGGAUGCAUAUUCAAAUAAGUUAAUUUCGUGGCUCUGUCUUGAUAGGCACAAAAUCCUCAAAAACUCAGCCUUACUCUGCAACAUAUACUACAAUACAGAAAAUAAAGUCUGCUCUUUGGACUGAUUCUAUAUGAUAGCCGAAAAAAUGAAUCAGUGGAAGACGCGUGCUUUCUCGAAUACUGAGAUAUUGAUUUUAUCUUUUAUUAACAAUAAUAACUUUAGCCUGGGGAUACGUAUAAAUAACGAUGCAAGAAAAUUAUUUUCUCAAGUUGUUUAAUUAAAAAUAAUCACAGAACUCGACCAAAGAUAUAGUUUCUGAUACCAUUUGAUCUCAGUAAAUGGAAGUAAUAGUUAACUUUUUUUGUUCCGAUUCCACUGUGAUACACGGUGUGCAUUCGACCUGAAUAUAACUCCGUUGAUUAAUUAUUGCAAUGGCAUGUAAAUGAUUCGAGGGCGACUUUUCUCGAGUUAAUUUACCAAAGUAAUAGGCAAGCAAAAUUCUUUUACUUCCUGAAACUUUGAUCAUUUCCGAGCGUUUUUCUGUCGAAAAGCAAAGAAUCGUCGAUAACCGUAAAGCAAGAAUGCCUCAUUUCUUGAAAACAACUCUAACGGUGACUUUUGUCAUCUUUUUGAUCAGUAUUUGGGCGUUAGAGGCGAAAAUUGCUGGAAAGAGGGAAAAAUUCAGCGCCCUUGAUGCCGCCGACACUGAAGCAGGCGGAUUUCCGCUGCGGAUAAAAAGAAAUCUUUGGCAGUUUGGCCUCAUGAUCUUGUGUCAAACAAAAAGGAACCCUCUCGACUAUAAUGGCUACGGCUGCUACUGUGGACUAGGAGGAGGAGGAAAGUCUGUCGACGACAUUGAUAAGUGUUGUCAGGUUCACGAUGCAUGUUACGGUCAGAUCACACAUGAGGAACUCUGUACAUUAGAUUCGGAUGUUUACCUUAAAGGAUACAAACGGGAAGGAUGUAGCGGAUGUGCCUCCUCCAAUGACGCCUGCCAGAUGGCCAUCUGCAAAUGUGACAGCGUUGCAGCCAAAUGCUUCGCAAAAUGCAAGUACAAUUCGGAGUACAAACGCUAACCACAAGAAAAGUGCUAAUAACCAGCACAACAAUCUCUCACUUCAACACCAUGUAGUUUUUAGAUUCUUGUUUUGACAAGGUGAAUCAAAAAAGAGUUAAAACUCAUUUCAGUUUGUUUGAUAGAACGGUUCCUCCCAAGGUAACAAGGUAAUACAAUGUGCUGGGGCAAAUAACAAAGGCGUAUUAUCACAAGUUUUAUUUCUUUAUUUUCCAUUUUUUUUUUUUGGUCGAUUGCCACCAAAUAGACAAAUAAACUAGAUAAAAAGAUUCCAAAGAGGAAAAUAGAUCAGGUAUGGAAGCRGAUUAAUCUAAUUCACCAAAUUUUAUCAUAUAACAGGUUGUCAAGAAAACAAAAUUACYACUCUGGUGAUAUUUUGGAUCCCUUAGGGACUGUGCAAUAAUUACCUGGAAAGGGGGGGGGGKGCUGGGAAAUGGGUGAAAUAUGCCCUAAAACUAAGUCAUACACCCUCUCAUUAAGCAAAAAUUAAUUUCAACCUCCCUUACAUAAUGAUAAUAUUAAGGCUAAUCCCCCCCCCUCCCUUGAAAAAAGUCUCCUCCCAUUGAUUCCCUCAUACCUAGUUUACCUGUUGGAGUUCUUCCCCCGGUACAAGCAUCACUUCAAAUGAAGAGUCAUCAGAAUCACUGGACUCUGAACUUGGGUCGUCUUCGCAUGAAUUGGGAGAUUCCUCAUCUUCUACAGCAUCUCUGGCACUAAGGUUCCCGCGUGCGUGGGAGAGAACUCGAUCAAUCAACUCAGCCUUGCUUCUACUUAUCUUAUAGACCACAAGUAGUCCCUCUUUCGCUUAGUCCGUCGUGCGUGACGUGAAAGAAAACG